AUGCCAAAGCGCGCGACCCACACCUUCGAGUCCGAGAAGGACGGCGUGCAGAGCGAGCAGCUCAACCAGUGCUUCUGCCUCUGCUGCGGCGAGUCGGUCCUCAUCCUCGGCCCAAGGGUCGCGCUCGGCGCGCUGCCACGCCGCCGCACGGACGGCGCGCUCGUGCUCGACCGGCAGCGGACGCAGUUCAAGAUCAAGACGAAGCCGGGGCAGAGCGUGCUGCUGCGCCGCGGGGACGCGUACGAGCGGCAGUGGCGCGCUAACUGCCCCGGAUGCGGCGUGCCGAUUGCGUACGCGUGCUCUGAGGGCGCCUUUGACAGCAUCCCGGUGACGUACCUGAUCGAGGACGCCGUGGGGGCGCAGGCGGACCUGUACAUGCAGCUCUACCAGGUGCCGCCCUGCAUCCAGACCGCCGCCGACGGCUCGCUCCGCAUCGCGCUCCUGCUGCGCUGCGAGGAGCCGAAGAAGGCUGUGACGCACAUCUCAAACGGCGAGGUGGGCGUGUCGGUAGUGGCGCCGGCGCGCGAGGGGCUGGGGAACGCGGAGGCGCUCGACCUGCUGGCCAAGGUGCUCGGCAAGGAGCGGAGGGGGCUCUCCCUCUCGCGAGGCUGGGACCAGCAGUCCAAGUUCCUCACGCUCUCGGGCGUUAGCGCACAGGACGCGUUCCGAAGG